AUGGCUCAUGAACAUCAGCCAUGGAAUGUUGGGAUCGAACUAGGGACCCUCGCCACUGCUCUGUUCACUCGUCAGCGCAAGUGGCGUGACCAUGUAAUUGGGGCACGGGGCCGGCGCGGCGCGCUGCGGGCUUGCAGAAUUUUGUUUGUUUGUUUGGCCGCGCGCUGGCGCAGCCACUGGCCGCAGUUACUGGGGCGCGCUGUCGUAACAAGCCGCGCGGUGUGGCCUGCACAUUGGGGUAGAGGGGGGGUAGUCUUCCCAGAUGUUCUAGUUAGUUGUUUAGUGGCAUUUGCCCGAGCUGCAGCUCCCGCCUACGCUGCCCGCCCUCUGGCCUACGCCGCCCCCGCCGUGGCUAAGGUCGCCGCCCCCCUGGCCAUCGACACCGACUACGACCCCAACCCGUCCUACAACUACGCCUACGACAUCCAGGACGCUCUGACCGGCGACUCCAAGAACCAGCAGGAGAGCCGUCAAGGAGACGUCGUCCAGGGCAGCUACAGCCUCACCGAGCCUGACGGCACCCGCCGCACCGUCGAGUACACCGCCGACCCCGUCAACGGCUUCAACGCCGUCGUGCACAAGACGCCCCUGGGUGUCGCCGCCGUCGCCAAGGUGGCUGCUCCUCUGGCCUACGCCGCCCCCGUCGCUAAGGUCGCCGCCCCCCUGGGCUACGCCGCCCCUCUGGGCUACGGUGCGUCUCUCGGCUACGGCAAGGCCCUCCUUGGACCGGGCCUCAUGCCGUGUGUUUCUGUGUUACAGCUGAUCGUCCUGUCCGCCCUCGUGGCCGCCGCCAGCGCCGGCUACCUGGGAGCCCCCGCCGUGGUGGCCCCCGGCGCCCCCGUGGGCUACGCCGCCCGCCCCCUGGGCUACGCCGCCCCUCUGGGCUACGCCGCCCCCGCCCUCGCGCACGCCCCUCUGGGCUACGCCGCCCGCCCCCUGGCCUACGCCGCCCCCGCCGUGGCUAAGGUCGCCGCCCCCCUGGCCAUCGACACCGACUACGACCCCAACCCGUCCUACAACUACGCCUACGACAUCCAGGACGCUCUGACCGGCGACUCCAAGAACCAGCAGGAGAGCCGUCAAGGAGACGUCGUCCAGGGCAGCUACAGCCUCACCGAGCCUGACGGCACCCGCCGCACCGUCGAGUACACCGCCGACCCCGUCAACGGCUUCAACGCCGUCGUGCACAAGACGCCCCUGGCUGUUGGCCCCGCCGUCGCCAAGGUGGCCGCUCCUCUGGCCUACGCCGCCCCCGUCGCUAAGGUCGCCGCCCCCCUGGGCUACGCCGCCCCUCUGGGCUACGGCGCGUCUCUCGGCUACGGCAAGGCCCUCCUUGGUUAA